AUGCCUGCCCGUAAAGCCCUCAUCUCUAUCACCUCCGCCAGUGCCACUCUCUUCGAUGGUAAGGAGACUACCGGCCUUUUCAUCGUCGAAGCCCUGCACCCCUACAAGGUCCUCACUGCGGCAGGCUUCGAAGUCGACCUCGCCUCCGAGUCAGGAAGCUAUACUCCUGACUGGCUCUCCCAGCAGCCCGACUUCCUGAACGGUGAGGACCUUGAGAUCUGGAACAACCUCGACAGCGAGUUCCGCAAGAAGCUCGACAAUAUGCCCAAGGCCUCUGAGCUCGACGGAUCCAAGUAUGGCUUGUUCUUCGCUUCCGCCGGCCAUGCUUCUCUGAUCGACUAUCCCACUGCCAGUGCUUUGCAGAACAUUGCCGAGCAAGUCUGGGCCAACGGUGGUGUUGUUGCAUCUGUCUGCCAUGGCCCUGCGAUCUUUACCAACCUACUUGACCGAACCACUGGAAAGCCUUUGAUUCAGGGAAAGAAGAUUACUGGCUUUACUACUGAGGCGGAGAAUACUAUGGGAAUUAUGGCUGAGCUGAGAGGAUUUGGAUCUGAGAUGGUGGAGGAGCUUGCUGAGCGCCUUGGUGCUAAGUAUGAGCGAUCUGCUGGAAUCUGGGACGACUUCCAUGUCGUUGAUGGUCGACUCGUCACUGGUCAGAACCCUGCCAGCUCCACCUCUACUGCUAAGGCUGCUAUUGAAGUGUUCGAUAAGCUCUAG